GUUGAUCUGUUUUGCACAGGUGUGGACCAGGCCGUGGAGAUGAUUUCGCAAUUUGCCCAUCGGCUUGCAGCGUCUGGUAUGCAGUUGAAGCUUAAGGAGAGCAAGAUGAUGCCAGGCAUGGGAUUGGGGCCAUCGCCGUCCUAUGUCCUCUGCCAGCCACCUGGGCAGGAAGCGAUGGAAAUUCUUUUGGUGACCGAGACGGGUCUCGUGGGAACACGCUUCGAUGGAGCAGCGUGCAGCGGUUUUGCAGCGCGGUUCUUCAAAAUUGGCCGAGGUGGGUUUGCGCUGAGCUGGGCCUGUUGCACGCCAGUCACCGACGAUCCGACGGCGCAGUUUCUGGCCGCUGGUCAUCGGGCGCCUCGGCAUCCCGAGAGGCGGCUGGGUCCUGGAGGAUGGUCGAGUGUCGCGUCGAAGAGGCAAUCGCUAAACUAAAAGCGAGCAGGAGUGCAUAAGAAGGACUGAAAGAAGGAGGGGCAUGGGAACGUGACCACUGCGUUGUUGGUUCAAGCUUCCGCAGUUGGUUGCAACUUGGAAGUCGCUGGCGACCCCGCCCUCUGCAAGCAUCGAGAUGGGUUGCUGCAUGGCGUCCUACCGGUCGCAGGCCGCAGAGCCGCAAAUGCCCCCGAGCGUGCCGGAGCUGGAGGAGGUCCCUGUGCCAGCGGAUGUGCAGGCCCAGACGCCCCCAGCCCGGCCCUGCCCUGGCCAGGUAAUUCUGUGCGCCCCCCCUCCGGUCGCGAGGCCGCGGAGCCGCAAUUGCCCCCGGACAUGCCGGAGCUGGAGGAGGUCCUUGUGCCAGGGCAUCGGCAGGCAGACUGGGAGAGGGGCGGCGGCCUGGAGCUCGACCCCGUGCUCGGCAGUGGAGCGGUCGUCCUGAUGGACGCGGAGUGGAUGGUGAGGCGAGCGCGCACUGGCGGCGUCCUCGAGCCGCGCCAGGCGUUGCCACCGACGGCCUUCAUGUCCCACAGCGCCGUCAAGGCUGCCACUCCUCAGUAUUUCGGGGGUCUGUUGCUGCACAUCGCGUGCAUAUCACACUGCUGGCUGCAGGCGAACCACCCGGAUCCACGCGGGCACAACCUGCGCAUCUUGGGCCGGGCCCUGCAGCUGGCUUCCUGUGCCACUGGGCCAUUUGUCGAAUACUCGGGCCGCUGGGGUGUAUUCAUGGACUUCUGCUGCAUCCAUCAAAACUGCAGGGACCGUGAGGGCUGUCCCCAGCAGCGCACCUACCAGCGGCUCGAAGGCUCAGAUUCUUUCGAGGACGAUGCCCUCGGCCGCUUCGAGCUGGAGCAUGCGCUCUUCAAGGAGGCAUUGGGGAGCCUGGGGAGCUUCUACUCCCACCCAGCCACUGUCGUCUUCAUGCUGACGCGGUUUCCAGAUGAUUACGGCGAUGCUGCAAAGUACACCCGGUCGGGCAACACGGAGCAGUACUUCAACCGUGGUUGGUGCUUCUGCGAGUCAUCUUGGGCGAUGCUGACGAAGCCGUCUGACCGGCUCGUGGACCUCGGCCGAUCCACCGGAGCGGAGGCCCUUUACAGUGAGCUGGUGGACACCUGCACCGCGGGGCGCCGGGCGCCUCUCCUGCCCGACGCCUUCGACGUGCAGCUGCAGAGCAAGGGGUUCACCAACGGCAAGGACGACCGGCCCCGGGUCGCCGAGCUCUAUCGCUCCGCCUUCGCGCAGCGCUUCGAGGCCGCGAAGGUGCUGCGCUACGGCGCGCUGGAGUGGGGGGACGAGGCGGCGCAGCAGCUGGCCGCCGUGCUCGCCUCGGGCGCCGCGCCCCAGCUGCGGGAGCUCGACCUCGGCAGCAACCGCGUGGGCGACGAGGGCGCCGCGCGGCUGGCGGAGGUCCUGCGCGCCCCGGGCGCGCAGCCCCAGCUGCAGUACCUCAACCUCGGCAGAAACUGCGUGGGCGACGAGGGCGCCGCGCGGCUGGCGGAGGCCCUGCGCGCCCCGGGCGCGCUGCCCCAGCUGCGGAGGCUCGACCUCGGCGCCAACCGCGUGGGCGACGAGGGCGCCGCGCGGCUGGCGGAGGCCCUGCGCGCCCCGGGCGCGCUGCCCCAGCUGCGGGAGCUCGGCCUCACUGGCAACCGCGUGGGCGACGAGGGCGCCGCGCGGCUGGCGGAGGCCCUGCGCGCCCUGGGCGCGCUGCCCCAGCUGCAGUACCUCAACCUCGGCAGAAACCGCGUGGGCGACGAGGGCGCCGCGCGGCUGGCGGAGGCCCUGCGCGCCCCGGGCGCGCUGCCCCAGCUGCGGGAGCUCAACCUCGGCGCCAACCCGCUCGGCGGGCCGGGCAGGGCGGCGCUGCGCGCCGCGUGGGCGGAGGCCGAGCGCCCGGAGGGCGGCCUGUUCGACUUCGACUGAGGAGGGCCGGGCGCGGCGCGGCGCGCGGCCGUCCGAGGCGCGCGGCGCGAGAGGCCUCGCCGCCUCCCCCGCCCUCCCGGGCCCUGCCCCGCUGCCCUCCUCCCCUCCUCCGCGUCUCCUCCUUGCGCUCCAUCCGCUCCUCCGCGUCUCCUCCUGCCGCUCCUCCCUGGCUUCC